AUGCAAUGCUUGGCCACAGACAUCAAGGGUAAGGCACCUUCACGACGUUGGGACUGCUUGCACGCAAGAAAAUUCUCGACCAGCCCACAGUAUCCUCCGCCAGACCUGUUCAAGCCUGGCUCUUCGUCAUUCUCUCCAAGCGACGACAGGCAGGUGGACGAUGAGGUCUCGUCGAAGUCCACUUUCAUGGCGCCUCCCUCUGCGUUUUCUACCUUUGGUGCCUCUCCGACAUUGCUCGCAGAGUUUCUCUCGAUCCAGCCGACGCCUCUCACGCUCAAUUCUCUCUUGUCCCACGCACCUGCGCCGGGGCAGGUGCCAACCACAUCGCAAUUGAUCGAGUCAGCUGAGUUCACGCGGCGAGAGCUGCCCAUUCGACUGGCCCGAAGAGUUGGAGGGUUUCGAUCGCUUCCCUUCAUCGUGGGCUCAAAUCCAUACAUUCAACAGAUCGCUCGGUUAUAUUCCCAAUCCUUCGAGACGCUGGCUAGGUUUCCGGAGAUUGUCGACUUAAAUGACCAUGACAACUUCGUCAGCAUGUUGGAAUCGCUCGUCGAGGAUCACGCGCAAAACGUCCCUAUCCUCGCACGCGGGUUCCUCGAGUGCAAGAAGUAUAUGGACGCCAGAGAGGUAUCGGCAUUCCUCGACGCAGCCAUCCACUCACGGAUCGCAAUCCGUCUGAUCGCCGAGCAGCACUUGUCAAUCGCUGGCCUAUUCCAUGACGCAAGGCGUGCAGGAAAGACGGGCGUCAUGCAACAGGAAGCAGCAUGGGGAGAGGACAGGUUGAGUGUCAUCGGCGUGGUGGACACAAAGCUCAGCCCUGCGCGCAUGGUCAAGACAUGUGCUCAGUUUGUGCACGGCCUGUGCGAAGGGACUCUUGGCGCUGCUCCAGAGCUGGUACUGGAAGGCGACGUGAAUUCAACAUACAUCGGCGUCCCCGUCCACCUGGAGUAUGUCAUGACAGAAUUGCUAAAAAACAGCUAUCGCGCAACAACCGAACGGUGGCGUGAACGCGCAGCGGCACGCCAACGCAGUAACCGCUUUAGCGCCGACCCACCCGAGCCCAUGCCGCCCAUCAAAGUUUCGAUCUCAAAAAGCCGUAACCAUCUUUCCAUGCGUAUCCGAGAUCAGGGCGGCGGCAUCUCACCCAAGAAUCUGCCGCACAUCUUCUCCUACGCUUUCACCACCGUCAACUCGGCUGAGGACGAUGCGGGCUCAUCUGGGGACUCUGGUGAUUUAGAAGGGCCGUAUGCCAUACAGGCCGUGGGAGGUGUUGUAGACAACGGAUUGGGAGAGAUAGGCGCUUCAGGCUUGUUGAGCGGACUUGGCACACUAGCAGGCCUGGGAUAUGGCCUCCCAAUGGCCCGCAUAUACGCGACGUACUUUGGAGGUGGAAGCGCGCUGGACAUUGUCAGCCUCUACGGCCAUGGCUGUGACACAUUCAUCAAAUUACCUGCAGAUCCUUUGCAUUUCCAGUAA